UCUUCCUCUGCUUCGGAAUCUGCAUUAGCCACUCGUCGUACAACUCCCUUAAUCUCGGCAUCGUCGAACGAUACUUCUCUACAUACCUUUCUCCAUCUUUUGCGCCAGGCCCGAUCUGCGCUCCUGGCGCGUGAUCCGUCAAUCGCGCUCCGGGGUGUUAGGAUGCGUGGGGUGUUGUGGGCGGAGGCAUAUGAACCCGAGGAGAGGGAUGAACAUGUGUCUCAGAUCCAAGAAUACGAAGUGCCCACUUUAGACACUCGACAGCAAAAGCUCCCCGAUUCAGCAUCUCAGCAAAUACCAAAUCUAACAACUCCAGACCGGGUAGAAGAGCUCCCUCUCUCCGCCCGACCCCAACGCGCACCCUUGCCCUUCCUACCCCCGGUCUGGGUCCCGGACGCAAAGACAGACGCAUGUAUGCGGUGUGCACGCCCGUUUGGGCUUGUGAGGUUCACGGUACCUCUAUCGAUGUCUGUGUCUUUCUCUUUGCCGUCGUUUACCUCGUUUGAGUGGGGGAGGAGUGCAAGUCAAGGUCAAGAGGAUAAGGGCACGGGCGAAGAAGGCGUGGGCGAGAGCAGCGAGGGAAAUGCACAGGAAGGUGGGAGUGGUGGGGGAGAAGGAAGAGCUGGGAGUGGUGAAGGGAUGUGGAGAAGACGGCACCAUUGUAGGCUUUGUGGGAGGGUUGUGUGUGCUGAGUGCUCUGGACGGACAUUCUACAUCACCGACCCAUCCUCCCAAUCCCCUUCUGGCAAAAACACCAAAGCGAAACCUGCACGCGCAUGCAACGAAUGCUACGAAGCUGCCUUUCCUCUCGUCCAGUCCAUCACCGGCGGUUCUAGUACUCCAUCUACUUUGUCAGCAAAUCCAUCUACACACCACUCCCCAACCCUCCACGGUAUCCCAGCCUGGAUCUCUACGCCUAUCCCCACUGAAGGGAGUAGUGGUGCUCAUGCGUUGAUGGCGAUGACAUUGAACCCUAGUAGGGGUCGGAUUGCGUCGGGUGCGAGUCCGUCGAGGAGGAGAUUGAGUUCUAGUGCGAGUAAGCGAGAGAUGGAGGGAAAUGUUGGUGUGGAUGCCAGUCAUGCUGGUCAUGCAUCUGGCAAAAACGCGAGCCCAAGACCGUCCAAACGCGAGCUCAGCACAAACCCAAGCAAGCGCGGGUUCACACCUAGUCCUACCCGUCAUCUCCCACGGAUCUUAUUAGGUGACAGCGAUUCUCCUUCGCUUUCUCCUACCACGCUCUCUCCUUCUUCCUCCCGAUUUACGGCUCAAGACGACAUAUAUGAAGACGAAGACAUAGACGUGCCCACUAUGCGCGUCCGUGAUCCAUCGACACGGGACUGUUACGCUGCCCCCACUUUAGGUCAAGAAUCUCGAUACCAAGAAACCGCACCAACCCUCCGCGCUCCUAUAUCCCGCCCCAUCCGCAUCCGCCCCUCCACGCGCCCGCGCCCACGGAGCUACCACGAUAUAUUGGAUGACUUCGAGGUUCAUGCGAGGGGUGGGAGCGUGGCUAGUUCUGUGGCAACUUCUUUGGGUGCUGUGGCUGAGGAGCGAACGUCGAGGAUUGAUGACCGGGUGUACCAUGAGGAGGUGCAUGCUGUCUACGAGGGAGGGGAGAUGCACGGCAGGGGAGGGGAGAUGCACGACAGGCAUCAAGAAGAGGAGCUUCACGACGGUGUACAACCAAAACAACCUCGCGAACACGAGCCCACACCCGGAUAUCGCGCUCCGAUCCUGUUGGGAAUUUGCAUGGCGGGUGGGGGAAGCGAGUUUCGCUCGUGCUUGGUGCGCGGGCGUGGGUAAGGAACGGAGAAAGGGAAAGUGGGAGUGAGAGUACUCGUUCUUCUUUGUUGUCUUCUCGGGAUGAUCGAAGUGCACCUUCGCCUUCUCGCAGGGAUAAGGUUGGGAAGGGUAGUAGAGAGAGUUCUGCGGCGAGGGCAUUGAUGGAUGUGUUGAGAGGAAAGGGAAGGCGUGACGAACUGGCAAAGGGAGUGGUAGAUCAAGGACAUACGCAUCUGUAAUCUUUUGGCAUUGAACGCAUUUGGCUUGGAUUCGCAUACUAUACAUUACAUACAUCCUGCUCGGGAUUCUUUUGUGCAUUGAGGAUUGUGGACAAUAUACAACUCUUGUAAAAAU